UCAGACUCUGGGGAAAUUAAGAUGUGCACAGCAAGAACAGCAAGCACAGACAGCCUCCCGGUUGCGGAUGGCUAACCCAGAGCCGGAGAGUGGCAUCUCCAAAGGUCAGAGCCAUGCCAGCUUUGUCCGGACCACCACAGAGGGUAAUGCUCAGGUGGAGUUGGAGGAAGAUGAUUGUCAGGAAGCACCGGACUCUGAUGACAGAUCUGAUGGUGGCGAUAUGGAUGGAAAGGAACUGGAAGAAAUGCCGGAAGAAGAUAGGCAGCAAGCCAUGAACCAGUUUGCGAGACGAAGAGAAACAACUAAAAUGCCUGAGGAUUCCGAAGCCAAAGUUGUGGCGGAUGCGCUGACCAAAGGCACCUCUCAGGCGAUGCUCAAAUAUGAGAAGGAGGCAAAGCUACCAGAAAGGUCUGGUCAAGUCAAAAGAGUCAGCGCAAGUUGGCUGACAAGCUGGCAGUGGAGAUGGUUGGUUUUGAGAGAUCGUAGACUUGCAUGGUUCGAUGGUCCGCAGAUGAAGAAGCUUCAUGGUGUGAUUGACUUUGACUUAGUCGAAGUUGAAAUAGAGCGGCUGUGGGAUAAUGACAACCAUGAUUCCGGAUCAAGUCAACCGUCUGUGCGGCGUGGGAAAGAGCGUGGGUGCAGGAGUGUGUGCAUCUCCAGCCUUUUCUCUCCAGCUGGGGAAGUGGCCUUCCGACUCUUGGUGGCUGGCAGCAAUCGUGCUUUUGAGAUGUGUGUUUCCUCUAAACAACUUGGCGAAGAAUGGAUUCAGGACAUUUUGGAGCAUUUGGAGGAUGCUGCAAGGAGAAGCCAAUGUUCGCGAUUGAGAGCAGACCAGCUCAACGUCUUCAACUACGGUCGCUUUCACUCGGCCUGGUGGAAAGUGAGCCGUAUUUCACCCGAGACUUUCAAGCAGAUUGCUGACAGCGGCGACAUUUUGCUUUUCAAGUCUCAAGGGACCUUCCCAAGAUUGAUCAGAGCUGCCUCUCGGGCGGCUUUACUUGGAGGACGCUAUGACCAUGUUGGUCUCAUUCUGAAGUUGGAAGGUGGCAACAUUGCGUUACUUGAGGCCACAGGCAAUGAAGGUGUGGGACUGUGCACAUGGGCCAACUUCCUUGCCAAUAGUUGGGAGAAACUGUAUCCGGAGAUGGCACUAAGAAGAGUCCGCUGCACGCGUAGCUCAGACAAGCUUCGGGCAUUACAAGAUUGGGUGUCGGAUGUCUAUGGCAAGCCUUACAAUCUCACCGUGGGCAAGCUUCAGCAUAGAGGCUCCACAGGUGGUGAUCAAAAGGACUUUUUUUGUUCACAGCUCGUGGCAGAAGCGCUGAAAGUCAUGGGAGUGAUCCCACGAGGGCAGAAGGAUUCAGCCGAGUUUUGGCCAGAUUCCUUUUCAGCAAAGAGCCCGGCGAUUGAAUGCGCUCCUGGCUGCAGCUUCGAUCCGGAAGACCUUACCAUUGACUUUGACCUUUCGCAUGCCACGGCUGAAAAGGCCAGUGAGCCAGCCAAACGAGAUGCAACUGUCAGCGUUUGGUAAGUUUCCUUGGUUUCCUCAGUUCCUGAGUCCUGUUUUCGGCCUUUGGGAUUCUUAGACUCCCUGGCUGGCUCUGUCCAAAUUGGAAAAACGGCUGCACUGGUGCGAAGAUUGCACCAUGGCAUUGAUUCAAAAGAUGGAAA